CCUCGGUGUAAAAGGGUGCAAGUGGCGAUUUCUCUUAUCAUCGCCGGUGCAAGUUUUCGUGAUCCUUUGCUAAAUCCCCGACGGUUCGUUUCUCUGCCCGUGUGAUACAACGAUCGGCUAGCCGGGAAUCAUGACAUCGCACUGGGAAGACUUCUACGCCACGCAUCUGCCGCCGAACUGCUUCGAGGAUAAUCGAUCUCUUCUGAAGGAGUUCUCGGAUCGCCACUACAAGCUCAAGAGUCACAUCGUGCUCGUUACGUCCGGAGGUACAACGGUUCCACUGGAGCACAACACAGUUCGAUUCGUCGAUAACUUUAGUGCCGGUAACCGUGGGUCCGCAUCGGCAGAAUACUUCCUUGAGCAUGGCUAUGCGGUCAUCUUUAUGCAUCGAACAAAAUCACUAGAACCAUUCUCGCGUCACUUCACUGGCCAGCAGUUGCUCGAUAUGCUGGAGUUACACGAGGAGGGAAUGAGUACCACCAUCACAGUGAAACCAGACUCGGUGGACGUGCUGGCGCCGGUGCUCGAUAAGUACAAGAAUGCCCAGGAAACGCAUCGGAUGCUGUACAUCACCUUUACCAGCGUGGUCGACUAUAUGUGGUUGCUGCGUGCGGCCUGUGAAUCAUUGGCACCGUUCGAGCGAAACGCAGUUCUCUUCCUAGCCGCGGCCGUAUCCGACUUUUACGUACCGCAAGAUGAAAUGCCUACGCAUAAGAUCCAAUCGGGACACGGCGCACCGACGAUAUCGUUGCAGUUGGUUCCGAAGAUGCUCGCUCCGUUGGUGAGCCUUUGGGUACCGCAUGCUUACGUUGUAUCUUUUAAGCUUGAAACGGACGAAGCGCUACUGAUUGCGAAAUCGCGCGAAAGUCUCAACAAGUAUAAGCACAAGCUGGUCAUCGCGAACAUACUGCAGACACGUAAAAACCGGGUCGUCUUCGUAACACCGAACAGUAACUACGAGAUCGUGCUGACGAAAGAUCAGGCCCACACGGGGCUCGAGAUCGAGGAACCGAUUGUGGCCGAUGUCGUUCGCCGGCAUCAGGAUUAUGUGCGCGAACCGGAGCAACAAACGCAAUGACCAACGCGCUCGACCGGCAGACAAUCGGCCAACGCAGCCGGCACACAGGUGGACUGCCGUGUCACGCACCCGCAUUUCUGUAAGGUUCUUAAUCCCGGUAGAAAGUUUUAGAAUAUCACGUCGCAGCGACGACGACGGGUAACGCGCUGGCUGGUUCGCGCAGGGCACUGUUCUUGAUUACGUUUUUCGGUCUUUGUGUUUGGAUGUACAUCGUCUCGAUAAGCAAUGGAGCACAACAAGGAGAAUACGUUCAUACAACAACAAAAAACCCAAAAAAAAACAUUCCACGCGCAAUCCUCGCCAAACCACAGGACGCAGAUCGUGGAUCCGUUUGUUACGAUUGUCAUUAUGUUUUGUCCGCUCCGGCCUGUUGGUUAGUACGUUGUGAGGGGGAGCAACAGCAUCUGCGAAAGUGUUGAUGCUGCUAUUAGAUAACGAUAACCGCACCAAGCUAAAGCAUCAAUAUCCUGUCGCCGAUCGUUCUACUAUCCAAAGGCGUAAUGAUCGUUCAAUUUAAUGGAUUCGUUUGUGAUUCGUUUAAUGUUACUAUUUAUUGCCUUGUGCAGCAUGUGUUAACGCUCGAGCUUUCUCGAGUAGGUUUGUUGUUGUUUCGACGAGCAUUUCUUGCUGCAUGUAAAUGCAUUAAGUUAAAUAAUAUCAGCACGCCAAGUGGGUACGAUGAGAGGACAAUGCAAAGGCGCGCGCGUCACAAAUUCGGAAAUGUUAGGAAGGGAAGAGGUACUAAAUGAAAUAAGCGUUAGCGAAGUGGUGUUUUAAGCCAGUGCCACGCACGUACUCCUGUUAGACCAUUCGCCGGCAUCAAUCCUACGCCUAGGCCAGUUCCUAACCUACAUUCGUUCCUUGGAAGAGUCGCGGACGGAGUGUAUUCCACUCUGCAUUCACAUAGCGUAUAACCCGACCGCCCCAUUCGCGGAACCAAUGCGUGUGUUUCUGUGUUUGUGCCGGGUUGUAAGCUCAUCUCUUGGUCAAACUGCCAUGUUAUGUUCUCUACUUUGUUGUCCCUUCUUUUUAGUAUAUGUAUUUCCGGUGAGGUCAAAAAGGAAGCAAGUUAACAAUUAUCUCUUAGGAAGUAACCCAAUCCGUCAUCAUGUAGAUCGAUGUUGCAUGGUGGUGGAAUGCAAACAGUAAGGUAUCGCAGAACACCGAGAAUCCUCUGUUCAUUUUUUGAGCUUACAACCGGAAUUUAUACAUAUAUAUAUAUAUAGAUACAUAUACAUAGUUGAAAGUUUAUCACCAGUCAUCCGGUUUGCUGCAAACCGACAGUCCUCGUUAGGGUAACUCCUCAAAACCUUUUGAAACAACCUUUACACCUAUACAACAAAGAUCGUUUUCUUCAUCAUUUGCCGUUAGAAACUGUAAAAAAAAAGAACAUACAUAAUACCACCACCAACCGCGGCGAUGUGACUGAAGCCAACGGAGCACGUGGAAGCUAGUGUAGCAAAAGUUCAGUUAUUAGAAAAGGAAUACAGUAUCAUUACAUGCAAAGCAAAGGCAGGCAUCUUUAGGCAAAAGAGAAAUGAAGCAAAUGCAAAACUAUAGGAAGAGGAAUAUUAUACAUACGAAUAUUGCGAUGCAUAUAUGAUUGAAACAGCAUAUAUAUAUUAUAUAUACAGAAAGAUAAAAGAAUAAAUAUGGUGCCUCCUUUUAUAGAUAAAAGACACACACACUGAAACGCGUGAACGAGGCAAGAAGAGUUGUUGCUCGAAGCUAACAGCAUCCGCGUUCGUAGUCGGGGCGUUUCGUUUAAAAAUGACACCGUUGUACUUUGUUUUGAACCGCAGUUCUUACACUAAAUGUUCACUAGGAGUCGUAGUAGUUAGUAAGCCCGGGAAGGGAGACUUGUUGAAAACCAAAAAGAUAAAAGAAGCUAGAAAUCAAAAAGUAAAAAAAAACCUCAAACACAGAGCAAGAGAGAAAGAGAGAGAGAGAGAGAGAGAGAGAGAGAGAGAGAGAAAGAGAAAGAGAGAGAAAGAGUGCGUUAACUUUCUUCGACAUAUCAAUCACCUUCACUGAACCAAGACAGGAAAAUGGUCGCAGCAACCGGUGCUUAAAUGAUGAAGGGAUACAAGGGUUUAGAAGAUGCGCUGCUUGGGCUGGUCCAAAACUAUUCCCAUAUAUCUAUAAUAUGUUAGUAAACAUAUGCUUAUUUAAAACAUGCAGAGGUCAAUGUGUGAAAUGCAUAAAUGUGUGGCUUCUUUUUCAAUAGAAAACGUGACCAUCAUUGAUGAUUUAAAGAAAAGCAUAACUAGCAUAUAGAGCAUAUAUGCGUGUCCGUGUAACGUGCUAUAUGUGUAGCUUCAUAAAGAAACAAGAGAAACAUUUCGUUGAUAUCCUUUGGUGAUUAAAUUCAAAAGAUUUCCUGGUACGCUGAAACAUGAUAAAUGCCAACAAUUUCCGUGGCAUUGCAGUAAAAGUACUAAUCAUUGUAACGUGCAGCUGCGAUUAGAACUCAUUUAUCCGAAUAGUAAAAAGACUUAGACGUGUAUGAAACGGUGAACCUUUAAAGCAUCAAUAGCUCCUAUAUAAUGUGCGAAAUGUAUACACAAUGUAGAAUGUACCAGUUAAACAGAAACGCAUAGACAGUAACCCGUCAACUUGCAGCUAAAUAAAGCAACAUAAGAAAUAAAUAAACGGCUCGACCAGCGGCCCUAUACACCCGUAGCGCACGUAUUGCUUUUGUAGAGCAACAAUCCAUGACAAGAUCACAAGAUUCUCCUCCUACUGAACAAUAGCUGGAAGUGAGUGCGCAUAGUUACACGGAACGGCAAAUGGAGCUGGGGCAAGGGCUGUACCAGAAAUGAUAGACCAUGAGCAUAUGGAUGCGCGUUGGGAAUUGAGCGGUGGUUUCCUAACAUUCCUUCUGAAGUCUGUACCAACGGAAUCCUGAAUUCAAAUCGACCAAUAUUUAGCCAGCGCUAGAAUGGGACACAUAUUAAUGGUGAAACUCUAUAGUAAAGAGCAUAGAAGCGUUAAAACUGAUAUUAUCCCCGCCACAUGUGGACGUUGCUAGUGGCGCGGCCAAAGGACGCCAUCGCAUUGCACGGACUUGUUGGAUAAAAUGAUUGGGAACCGAAUCGAAAGGACAUACAUUCCUUAUCCUUUGCAAAAGAGCAACGCAGAGUGGAGCUAGAUUGUUUUCAUGUUUAAACAAAAUGCGGACCGUGAUAUCCAGCACAUGAUCAUAUGUGAAAGUUAGAAACAAAAUACAUGCAAUGGCAUUAUUACAACUAGAGCUGCGUGCGACAGGUAGAAGUAUUUGUUGAACGAUCAACCAAUCGAAGGUAUAUACAUAUUUAGCGAGAACGUAUAUAUACAUCUAUAUAGAGAGU